AAUUUUUUUUUGUUAUGGCCUCUUAACACCUGUAGGCAAACUUGCAGAGUUUAUGUGGGAAGCACUGUUAAGCUUCUGCCCAUUGGUGGUACAGGCAAUUUUAUUAAUAGUGAUACCCAUAUUAGGGGCCCAUAUCACCAUCCAUGCUCAUCUUUGGUGUAACCCCCUAGAACCUGGGUAUCAUGGUGACAUAUAGAUAACUUUAAACCACUUGACAAAUGGGAUAGCUGCAAAGCGGUAUGUGGUGGGAUUCGAACCUAUGCGUGGACAUCGGCCUGAUCCCACACUCACCACCUUAUCCACUCUGCCACUGCCUCAGGCAAGGUGGAAUUAGACAAACAAAGAGACAUUUCACAUAGAUAGUGCCACCUGACUAAUGGCUUCCUGCACUUGUACCCUUGUGUUUUGAUCCUUACCACAAGACAAACCACCUACCACAGUAACCACACCUCACCUGCUCUUUAUCACCAAAAAAUUAGCAAAAACAAAUAUCCCGACAUCCUCACACAAAAUACUCACUUAUCACUAUUUCUGUCAUCUCUACCUCAUUUCUACCACCACAGCAUGGCACACCCAUAACCUGACUGCAGUGGUGUGGGUGUGAUGCAAUGAUAUGAUGCCUUGGAGUGAGUAGAUGUCCUGCCAGUGUGUGGAGUGUGGCAGGAGACAAGAGGAAGAAAUGCUGCCACAGGGCCCCAGGAUAACCUCUCAUAAUUUGGAGCACAGAUCAGUGUGGAAGAGGGAUAGAGGGCUUGCGAGCAGCACCAGUAUUGUCUGCAUGGAUGUGGUGCUGAUUUACCAGUCUCCUUGCUCCAGUGGAAUCUGCAUCUCACCUGUACAGGACACCCUUCAUACCUCACCACUUGAAGGGCUUACAUUAGUGGCUCCCAGUGGCUCGAGAAGCUGUGGUCUGAUCAGUAGCUUCCCGAGUUUGUGCACCAUUUAGACCAGGAUGCCCACACCCGAAUCAAGUUUGUGCAUGCAUUUAGACCAUCAUCCUCCCUACCCAGGACACCCCACCCCUGCUUAUGCUGAAGAAGAUAACAAGAGUGGCUCGCCUAAAGCUGGUGUUCAUUCCACAGCCUACCGAGUUUUCAUUGCACUAGUUUGAUGAUAAAAG